AUGGCUAGUACAUAUCCGCUUAUUAUUUAUUUAAUGUUAUUAAAUUUUCUAUUACACAGUGUUGAUGAAGAUGUACACAAAUUUGUUUAUUAUUUAUCAAGAAGUUUAUGCUUUUUAAAUGCUUGUUCAAAUUGGAUAUUUUAUUGUGCAUCAGGACGUUUAUUUCGAUCACGUAUACGUCAAUUAAUACGUCGUUUCCUUUAUCGAAUACAGUUGUAUCAUUCAAGUCAGAGUUCUGUUCCAUUACCACCGGAUUAUACGAAUCAGUUUAAAAAUAACUUUGCACUGAAUACAUCUACCAAUGGACAAUCACGUUUCACUUCAGUUUUGAAAUGUGCUAAUACUUUUAGAAAAAAUACUGAAAAGUUGAAUUGUCAAUGUUCCAGUGAUAAUAAUAAUAAUCCUAGUAUUACUAACAAUGUGUUAUUUGCUAAUUUAGGAUGUUUAAAAAAGCAGAAUACUGACCAGUUUGCUACCAAAUUGUCAGAUGUUUCAACUGAUUGCACAAAAAUUGAAGGAAUAGAAACUUUUUCAAAUAUCAGGCAUAAUGAGCUGAGGAUGAUGAUGGAGAUAGUGUUAAUACUCGAGAAAUAA